AUGGACGUCUACACGGACGCGUCGGACAAGGGCUGGGGCAUAGUGAUUGGCAACAGGACAUGGAGCGAACUAUGGUCAGUAGAGAAGACCAGACUCCACAUCAACUGGAAGGAGAUCCAGACAGCCUUCCUAGCGCUCACUCGUCCUCUGGUCCAGAGCGAGACGGUGAACAUCGUCAUCGAAAAUACCAGCACACUGUCCCGACUCGCCAUCCAGGAUAUCACAGCAACAAAUGAAGUGGAGUCUCGAUCCACCAUUCUUUCAACACCUCAACUGGAUUUAGGAUCCUCACCACGUCGAUCUCUUCGCAUCGCCGCUCGACACUCAGCCCCCACGCCUUUUCUCUUGGCGCCCUCAUCCAACGUCGAUGGCAACGGACGCCCUUCGCCACAGCUGGAAGAGAUUAGGCAACCUAUACCCGUGCCCGCCGUGGAAUCUGAUCCCACAGGUACUGCAGCGACUCAGAUAGAAGAAGUUGGAUGCCACUCUGAUCGCUCCGUUUUGGCCAUCAGCAGCAUGGUACCCGUCGGUACAGGAGAUGUCCGUCUGUCCUCCGGUCCCGAUCCCAAGGACCACCAUGCUUCCUCACCCAGAAAGCGCAAGUCAUAUCCUACACAAGAACCCUCACUGGUAGUGUCAGUCCACUCUCUUCAGUCUCCAUUAAAGGAGAUCGCCAACAUCAAGGCUUUCCUCACUACUCAGCAAUCCUCUACCAUCAUUGACCUCCCUCGCGCCAAGCAACUUAUCAUCACUGACGACGCAGCCAGUCUUAUUCCUUCCAUCUCGGUCGAACACUUUUUCUUCCCUCCGGACAAUCCAGACGACGGCACCAUCUCGCCCAACGAUCUUCUGUUUGACAAAAAUCCUCUGCAACAAUACACUGCCCCUGCUCUGGUCAAGAUCAUUGAACGCCAGGCCUACUCCACGCGCCCACUCGACGAUCUUGCAGUUGACUUCUUGGCAAAGGUCUCUGACCCUGCCGCGCGUCAAACAGUGACAGACUUUAUCCAAAUCAUGCGCAGUAAUUUGGCCAACAACGCCAGAGAAGUACAGGAGCUUCGCAACAACAACUAUCUCCGCGCCAAGGGACUCCAGCCUGUGCCGGAGAAGAAGAAAGGCGUUAGCGUCUCUCAAGAGGUCAUCAAAGCCAAAAGCGGUAGAGGAAUAUGCCAAAGCUCUCCCCGCCAAGAAGUCAGCCAACGGACUCUUUAG